AUAAAAUAUCAUCGAUUGGAUCAGUCGGUACAAUUUUUCUGACAGAGACCCAGGGUUAAAGUUAUCAUGGAACUUAUUCCUUCAACGAUUAUUAUUUUCAUCGGAUUUAGCCAAUUCUCUUUUCUAUUGGCAGAUAAAAAACUUCCUGCAGAUAAUGGUCGAUUUGAAAUGGCAAAAUGUUUGGGUAAAAGUCUAUCAUGGGAGUACGACGAAUUCUUUCAAACAGAAACAUACUUAUACCAAUUUUGCGAAGAUGCUAUAUUUGGUGUUGCGGAGCUCUUUAAGAAAGACAGAUUAGGGCAAGAUAUCGCUCCUGAUGACGUGUUCCGUCAAGUACGCGACUGUUUAAAUUCACACAACCACACAGAACUAAUUGAAAGAUAUGAAAAUUUCACACCUGACCACAUGAAGAAUUCAGAAGGAGUGGAAGGAGUGCAAUCGGUUCCAGAAAUGUUCAAAUUGGCGACAGGUCUAUGUGAAACUAAAGAACUGGUCAAAUAUAACGACUUGGAUGAUGACGACGAAAAAUCAAAAUCUCUGCAAUGUUUACAAAAUUGCGCUGUGAAUCUCUUUGGGAGAUUUGAACUUGUACAGAAAGCUUUACAGCCGAAUAAUGAUAACACGAGUAUAGCAGAAGACGAAGGACAAGAUCAACCCAAACCCUCGACUACGAGUAGUACCAUCCAACAGUACACUGAUGAUUGCGAGAAGAAAGAGGAAACUGUAUUUUCAACAGAUAUCUCUUUUUUGAGUGAAACGGGAAAAAAAUACGCUGGAAAGUAUAUCGAUGACAUCAAUAAAUUGUAUAAUGCACACCCAAACGGAGAUACGAAAAUUAAUUUUUUCGGGACCAUUUUUUCAUACUUAGGAUGCGUGAAAUGGACUUGUGCAAUGAAAUCAAGCGUUGAUGUUCCAUUCUUUGGUCUUAUAGAAGAUACCAUCGGCGUCAUGAGCCAAGCUGACGAAAAACUGUUGGAUAAAUAGUUGAAGAGAGGAAUAUGUACUCCAAAAAUUGUACAGAUUUCCAUAAAAUUAAUAUUGACUGCAAUUUUGAUUGGUCAUCUUUUAUAAUGUAGAAUAUUAUUAUUUUUUUUUUAAUUAUUCAAUCCAAGCUUAUUUAUUUUGUAAACAUUAAUUUCAA